AUGUUACAUGAAGAAUGCAGUAAAAGUAACUCAUUCAUUGAGUGUGGUCACUUACAGAGCAGAGGAAGAAUGGCAGAUGGAUCAUCAACACCAGCAACACCUUCUGCCAAAGUUUCAGCCAUCUUCAUAUACCCUAUUAAAUCAUGCCGUGCAAUUUCUGUUUCUCGUGCUCCUCUCACUCCUACUGGAUUUCGAUGGGAUAGACAAUGGAUGGUGGUGAAUUCCCAAGGGAGGAUGUACACUCAAAGAGUUGAACCAAGGCUUGCUUUGGUUGAGGUUGAAUUGCCAUCUGAGGCAUUUCUUGAAAACUGGGAACCUACACAAGACUCCUACAUGGUGGUGAAUGCACCUGGGAUGCAACCUCUCAAAAUAUGUUUGAGCCAACAAGGGAAGGAGGUAGCAAAUGCUGUCUCAGUAUGGGAAUGGACUGGAUCUGCCUUGGAUGAGGGAGCUGAAGCAUCACAGUGGUUCUCAGAUUAUUUAGGAAAACCAUGUCAACUGGUCCGCUUCAAUUCAGCUUCUGAAGUUCGACCAGUGGAUCCUGAUUACGUCAAGGGACAACAUCAGACCACAUUUACUGAUGGUUAUCCAUUCUUACUCGCGUCUCAGGAAUCAUUGGAUGAACUAAACGAGCAUCUAAAGGAGCCCGUUUCUAUUAACCGAUUUAGACCCAAUAUCCUCGUUGAAGGUUGUGAACCAUAUUCUGAGGACUUAUGGACUGACAUCAAGAUAAGCAAGUUUUUAUUUUCUGGUGUCAAACUGUGCUACCGUUGUAAGAUACCUACAAUCAAUCAAGAGACUGCAAUUGCUGCACCCGAACCAAAUGAAACUCUCAUGAAAACUAGGUCUGGAGAACUCAUAAGACCAAAUGAUAAAAAUAAAAAAAGGAUCUACUUUGGUCAGAAUAUGACCUGGAACUGGAUGGGAUUUUCUGCUGAAGGGAGUGGUAAAAUCAUCAAAGUGGGAGAUUCUGUUUAUGUGCUUCAGAAGGUCUCUUCAACUGCUGAAGCAGCUGCUUGAACUGUGUAUGUGGAAUCUAUGUCGAUGCUAUAUCAGAAAUAAAAGGCUACUAUGCCAUAAACUUUCUCAAACAUAGUACCCAGGCCUAUGAAGUUUGCUUUGUGCAAGUUAUGGCUUGUGAUAAUAAGGCUUUUGCAAUUAAGAAAAAGGUUUUAUUUUUCUAUUUCAAUCAUGGUAAAUGGUACAAAAGAUGGCUGCAUGCACAAACUAGUUGAAAUGUGACUGGUUACUUUUUAGUUUCAUGUAUCAAAGAGCAAUGCCAUUAAGAAAAAACAGCUAAGAUUGUCACCAGAAAUUUUCACAGAAUGGGUUGGCAUUGGUGUUGAUUAAUUGAUGAAUGAGUGGAUUCUGUCGUUUAA